GCCGAUGAAACUGAAGCAGAAUUGUCCUGUCAUCAUGAUAAUAAAUAUCAACCAUCUCUUCUUGACAGCAUUUUCACUCAACUGGUCAACAUUUCUCAACAACUUGCUGACAUUCAUAACCAACUUUGUUUUACACUUACGAGA